GGGUGUGAUGCUAUUCAUGGAUAAUACCAAGAGUUCGUCGAGAUGGAUCUCAAUUACCAUCUUGAAUCUCAUACGAAGCACGGAGAGGUGGAGAUUGUUGUCUGUCUGUUGCUAUUAUUCUACUCCUUCACAACUCCCUCUUUCGUAGGCAUUUCUUCAAGAAUUUUACACUUUCGUUUCUUGUCCUUCUUCGUAGAAUGUCAAAGCUAUCUGAUCCUUCCAAACCUGUUGCUCUGUGCACCUACGUGUCUAGAGCUUCAGCUUUCUUACUGGAUUGGACCCCAUUCAUUCUGAUUAUCUCCUAUUUUGUCUUCUCGACAUGCCUUUACAUGUUUUGCACACCAAAGUUAAUAGAAAUUUUCUGGCUCAUCUAUCUUUCUACGAAUUCGUACACAGCAGCCAUGAAUGUUAUGGAAGCUAUCUGCAGUUUGAAGCCCAAUAGAAUCGCAAGAAAAGCACUUUACGACGUGGAGCAAAAGGGCUGGAAAUUUCCCACUCCCGAUGAUCAACUUCUAAUAUUGGAUCUCGUCAUCGUCGCAUAUCUUCCAAACGAGCAAGAUAUUAUCAUGGAUAGAAUUCAUUACGCUUUAGAUCAUAUCAUUUAUCCCCAAGAUAAGAUCCGGAUCAACGUAUUAUACAAUACACCCAAACCCAUCGAGCCACUCGAGUCCCAAAUGAAUGACCUCGCUGCGAAAAUUCCCCGGUUGAGAAUAAUCAAAGUGCCAGACUCUACUUCCAAAGCACACAAUCUCAAUUACUUCUUUACCUUAUACACUGGAGCACAGAUUAUUGCCUUGUUCGACUGCGAUCACUACACUCAUCCUUAUGGCCCACGAUGGGCAAUCGAGAGAUUUCUAGCCGACGAUGAAGUUGAUUGUGUGCAAGGACGAUGUGUCAUUCAGAAUUCCAAAGCGACAUUCUUAACUGGUAUUAUUGCAGUAGAAUUCGACAAGAUCUAUGCUACAUCACAUCCCGGGCGAGCUGCCUUAUUUGGCUAUGGUCUAUUCACCGGAUCCAACGGCUACUGGCGCGCUAAUCUCCUGCGCGAUCUCAAAUUGGACGCUAGCAUGCUAACCGAAGACAUCGACUCUGCUCUCCGCGCCCUCUCCCAAGGCGCCAUCUGCGUGCACGAACCGAACGUGAUAUCCUACGAACUGGCACCCACAACCUUCCCCUCCUUUCUCAAACAGCGCUUACGCUGGGCCCAAGGCUGGACGCAAGCCAGCUACCGUCACUGCGUGCUCACAUACCGCAAAUCUCCACACCACAAGAAACGCAAUCUGCUCACGCGUUUUGGGCUCCUCUCCCUCCUGCUGAUUCGAGAACUGAGCUAUUAUCUCGUUUCGCAAUACACAUGUUUGAUGAUCAGUUUUCUGAUCACCGGGUUUCCACAGACGGGAACGCAGUUGAAAAAUAUGAUAUUCUUCGAGUUUCCAGCUUCGGAAUGGUUGUUCAUUAUUGGAACCCUCUGCCUCAUUUUCAGCCUCCUAAUAACCUACUUCCUCCUUUCCGAGUUCAGCAGUAAACGCAUGAUGCUCCAAUUCACGCUUCUCUACCCGCUGUACCUCAUCCUCGGGAGUUGCAUUGGGCUGUACGGACACUUCCGACAGAUUGUGCGGUACUCGGCUUGGAACGCCACGGUGCGGACGUGAGUUUCUUUUAUUUUAUUUCUUGCAGAUGGAAAGGUUCUUGGGGUUUGGGGAAGGAAGGAAGGAUGUAUGUAUGGUGUUGGAAAAUAUGCUUGGGAGGUGGGUAUGGUAUGGUAUGGUAUGGUAUGGUAUGGUAUGGUAUGGUAUGGUAUAGUGGGAAAGAGGUUUCACUUCCGAAUAAAUAUAUAUAUGUAAUAUCCUUCUAGAAAGAGAGAGAGAAAGAGAGAGAGAGAGAGAGAGAGAGAGAGAGAGAGAGAGAGAGAGAACAUAAUUUUUUCAAUUCUCAAACGCUAGAUUCCCAGCUACCCCCUAUUUAAUCUAUCUAACUCAGUACAAUACAAUAAAAUACAAUAAAAUACAGUAAAAAUACGAACACAACAUUUCCCCAACACACGAGAUAGGCAGACAAACA